CGACGCUUUCCUGAUUGGCUGAAAAAUAUGGAGUCAGAUGACGUCAGAUUUCCGGGUUUUGGUAGGACGUUGAGAGGUAACUCUCGGUCAUUCUGGCAGACGAGGAGCCGGUGUUUCACUGAAGCUGCUCUGACCAACUGAAGGUCACAUUUUAAAAAAAGAGGAAGUGAGGCUCUGCAACUGUACAGCCACACGACUCGUAUAAUAGCACCGUACUAAAGAAACCUCACUCAGCUUUGGCCACCUCAGUCUCUAAACUCCCAUGACUAUGAAAAUGGACCUGAGCAAUGUCCUCCUGAUCCCAGUCCACAUGGUGGUAUGGCUGUACUCAGUGGUGAGCUUCCUACCCUGGUACUUCCUAACGGGGGCCCAGGAGAAGAUAACCCGGGCCAAGCGGCUCAAGGCCAAAUCCACCAAAGGUCAAAUAGAGGGACCAUAUCGCUCAGUGGACCACUUCGACUCCCUGGCUGUGAUGGACUUCCCUGGAAAAGACACACUGGACAAACUGUUCGAUCAUGCUGUGCAGAGCUUUGGCAAGUCACAAUGCCUGGGAACACGAACAGUUCUGAGUGAAGAGAAUGAAACCCAGCCUGGUGGCAAGGUCUUCAAAAAGCUGAUCUUGGGGGAUUACAAGUGGAUGACGUAUCAGGAGCUGGAUGUUGAAGUUACUCUCUUUGGCAGUGGCUUGGCAGCACUGGGCCAGCAGCCAAAAAAUACCAUUGCUAUAUUCUGUGAGACACGUGCUGAGUGGAUGAUCACAGCUCAGUCCUGCUUCAGACGCAAUUUCCCAUUGGUCACAUUUUACGCAACUCUUGGAGAAGACGCUGUGGCCUUUGGACUAAAUGAGUGUGGUGUGACUCACUUGGUCACUAGCAUGGAGCUUCUGGAAACUAAAUUAAAGAGCGUCCUUCCUCAAAUCCCCAACCUAAGGCACAUCAUUUACGUGGACAACAAGAGUCUCAACACUGCAGGCUAUCCAGAGAACAUCCAGAUUCACAGCAUGCAGUCUGUAAAGGAGCUGGGAGCAAAGCCUGAAAACUUGAACAGGGAGAUAGUCAGACCCGUCCCAUCAGACUUGGCUGUCAUCAUGUACACCAGUGGCUCCACUGGACGACCCAAAGGAGUCGUGAUUGUCCAUAGCAAUCUCAUUGCAGGCAUGACAGGCCAGUGUGAGAGGAUCCCAGGCCUUGGAUCCACGGACACGUACAUAGCUUAUUUGCCCUUGGCCCAUGUGCUGGAGAUGACUGCGGAGAUCUCAUGCGUAGCCUACGGCUGCAGGAUUGGUUACUCCUCCCCGCAGACACUCUCUGAUCAGUCUACAAAAAUUAAAAAGGGGAGUAAGGGCGACUGUACUGUCCUAAAGCCAACACUGAUGGCAGCUGUACCAGAAAUAAUGGACCGCAUCAAGAAAAAUGUCAUGAGCAAAGUGCAGGAGAUGAACGUUGUGCAGAGGAACCUGUUCAAUCUGGCCUACAACUACAAGCUUGAGCAGAUCAAGAAUGGCUAUGAUGCUCCCCUUUGCAACAUGCUGUUUAAGAAGGUGAGGGCUCUGCUGGGAGGAAAUGUGCGAAUGAUGUUGUCAGGAGGGGCUCCUCUCUCCUCUUCCACGCAGCGCUUCAUGAACAUCUGUUUCUGCUGCCCUGUGGGUCAGGGUUACGGCCUCACUGAGACCUGUGGAGCAGGCACGAUCACUGAGGUGACGGACUACAGCACAGGAAGAGUCGGGGCUCCUCUCAUUUGCUGUGAGGUUAAAGUCCGAGACUGGGCAGAAGGUGGCUAUACAAAGCUGGACAAGCCUCAUCCACGAGGAGAGAUUAUGAUUGGUGGUCCAAACGUGACCAUGGGCUACUACAAGUAUGACAACAGUACCAGUGAGGAUUUCUUUGUGGAUGAAAAUGGACAGCAUUGGUUUUGCACUGGAGAUAUAGGAGAGAUUCACCCUGAUGGCUGUCUCCAGAUUGUGGAUCGUAAGAAGGACCUUGUGAAACUGCAGGCUGGAGAAUAUGUGUCUUUGGGUAAAGUUGAGUCAGCACUGAAGAACUGCUCCCUCAUUGACAACAUCUGCGCAUACGCUAACAGUGACCAGAACUAUGUGAUCAGCUUUGUGGUACCAAACCAAAAGAACCUGACUGCUCUGGCUCAUCAGAAGGGUAUCACUGGCACAUGGAUGGACAUCUGCAACCAUCCAGUUAUGGAGAUGGAAGUCUUGAGGGAAAUUAAAGAAGUUGCCACUUCAAUUAAACUGCAGCGCUUCGAGAUCCCAAUAAAAGUUCACCUGAGUCCAGACCCAUGGACUCCUGAAACCGGCUUGGUCACAGAUGCGUUUAAACUGAAGAGGAAGGAGCUGAAGAACCACUAUCUCCACGACAUUGAGCGAAUGUACGGUCGCAAAUAAAACCAGACAAAUACUAUCAAUUGUCAUCAUUCUGCUGCCGUCCUGCUCAUGCUGCAUAUGUAUACAUGUUUAGAAACAUUUUGCUGUAACUACAUGUUAUCGCUUAGUGUGUCACACACAUGUCCUGAGAAUCUGUUGUGCUGUUCUGUUUCCAAACUAUUGCUCAUAAUACUGUAGAUAAUAUCAGCAGAUCUGUAAGAGUCUAUCCAGAGCUCUAGUCUCUUUGCUGUAGAAUAGUUCACUUAGCUGUGUGGCAUGAGACUCAGUUAAUGGGACAACAUUCAAACUUACACAACAAAAAAACGACAACGACUCACGCAAGGUUCUCAACUAUAUAAUUGCUUUUAAAAUGCCAUCACAUUCAGCUAUUUGUAUUUUUGUAAAAAAAAAAAAAAAAUGAUCAGUUUGUAUUUUCAUCUUUCUAAUACACUUGUAAAGAAUCUGAAGGCGAAACCCAGUCGUUAGAUACGAGACGAGGUCGUCACUGUACAGAGAGGCUGUACUUCCUUUGUGAAGUGAGCAGCGUAUGGUGAUCUCUUUGUGCCUUCCGAGCGGUCUUUUUUUCAAUAACAGUGAGCUCCUGUCAGGAACUACGCACGUCCACUGAUGAUGGUGUAAUAUAUUACUCGAAAGGAUUUACAAUGGCUCCAUGACUGAUCGAUUAUCGUUCUUUAUGUGUGACUUUCCGAUUUUUUUGUUUUGUUUUGUUUUGUGUGCACUAAGUGGUUUUUCAAAUGUUAAUAUUGUGCUAAUUUAUUGACUGACCUUGUACUUUUGGAAGGACUCAGGACUGUAAAAUUGUAGCUGGCAGUUAUGAAGGGAAACCGUUUUAACAUUUUAGCAAAUGUUUAUCUGUAAAAGCAACCGCUGCUGAAGCUCACCAUGUUUAAUCAGUUCCCACUGCGGUCUGUAGAAUAUAUUUGACAAUGUUUAGUGACUAGAUUACUGACUUGAGCAUUUAGAUUGGGCUUUUGUCUUCGGAAAUAUUUUCCAUGUUUUGUUCAAAUUUGUUCAAUUGUUCGUUCGUUAGUAGACACUGCCUAGUUUUUUUUUUUUUGCACUAUAAUUUAUUUGAGUUGCUGCUUCAGAAAAUGCAGACUUUCAUUUGAAGAUUAUCCUGACACCAAUCUCCUUACCAAAUAUUUAAUUACUAUUGAGAAAAGUAUUGUUCAUUUGCACUGCUGCAAUGUUUAAUUUAAGUGUGUUAAAUGUGUUUUUAUGCCAUUAUUUAAAAAAAAAAAAAAAAAAAAACAGCUACUGUACCAAUCAAGACUUUGUUGUUUGAAAUGGAUUGGAUUGUGUGUUCUCCCUUCUGGAAGGAUAUUAUCUUUAAAAAAAAAUUUAAAAAGAUUUCAAGACUUCAUUUUAUUUUUCCAUCAAGCCUCAGGGUCCCAACUUAAUUGUAUGUAAUGGACCAUUUUAAAAUGUGAACGUCAGAGGAUCCCGUGCAUUUGCUUGAAUGUUUCAUGACGCUCUUAUUUAUUCAAUUUUGUGAACCACAUUCUAUAUGUAAUAUACAUUGUGAUAAUUAAAUUGUUUUCUACAGAGUA